ACACCAUCAACAUUCGGUUUCUCCUCAACCGCAUCUACUGUUACCCCAUACAAUUAUGGGAUAGAACCUCUAAAUGGUACAAACUUCUCAACAUGGAGAGAAUCUGUAAAACUCUCACUUGGCAUGAUGGACCUCGACCAAGCACUGAGAAUGGAUCCACCGGAUGCUCCUAACGCUGAGAGCACUGUGGAGCAGAAGCGUUCUUAUGAACAGUGGGAGAGGUCCAACAGAAUGUGCCUCAUGGUGAUCAAGAAUUCCAUAUCUGUAGCUAUUCGCGGAGCCAUUCCAGACUCAGAAAAUGCGAAAACCUACCUAGAAUAUGUGGAAGAACAGUUUAAGGGCACUUCUAAAGCACAUGCUAGUACCUUGAUUCUCAAAAUGUUGACGAGUAAGUAUGAUGGAGUGAGUGGUAUUCGUGAGCACAUCAUGAAAAUGUCUGAUAUGUCCAAUAAGCUCAAAAGUAUGGACAUGGAAAUAAGUGAAGGUUUCCUCGUUCAUUUCAUAAUGACUUCUCUACCUGCAUCUUAUGGUCCGUUCAAGAUCAAUUACAACACGCAGAAAGAGAAAUGGACAAUGAGCGAGUUGAUUGCUAUGUGCGUUCAAGAAGAAGAGCGCCUUAAAGUUGAAAGACCAUAUGUUGCUCAUCUCACCACCACAAACUCAAAGAAAAGGAAAGGCAAUCGUCAAGGAGGAGGAAAAGGUAACAUUUCUAAGGUCCCAAAGAUAGGUGCAAGCGUGAGCUCCGGUCCUUACUGUAAGUUUUGUAGCUGCAAAGGGCAUUACCAGAGGGAGUGCCCAAAGUUUAAGGCAUGGCUGAAUAAGAAAGGGAUUCCAUUCAAUCCGGACAUUGGGAAGAAAGCAAAGAGUGAUUAAGGUGGGCAACGGAGAAGAAUUAGAAGUGGAGGCCAUUGGAACUAUCUCAUUAAUUUUAGAGAGUGGCUUCAUUCUUCAUCUUCGUGAUGCUCUUUAUGUACCUAAUAUUACUCGUAAUUUAGUGUCUGUAUCGAAACUAAGUGCUGAUGGUUUUACAUUUAAUUUCGUGUACAAUAAAGUGACAAUAAGCUUGAACUCAAAUGUAAUAGGAUUUGGUAGCAUGGAGGGAAAUCUCUAUAAAUUAUGCUUAGAUACUAAUUUUAUGGAAUCCCCUUUGUCAUUUAAUAUAACUGAAAAUCCUUGUAAGAGAAAGAGAGAAUUGGAAUCGUCGUCUAAUUUGUGGCAUCAAAGGUUGGGCCACAUAUCACGAGAUCGAAUGAUAAGACUCGUGAAAGACGGAAUUCUUCCAAAUCUUGACUUCUCAGAUUAUGACAAGUGUGUGAAGUGUUUGAAAGGGAAAUUGUCUAAGAAAAUUAAGAAAGGCGCCACACGAAGCACUGGUUUGUUAGAAUUAAUACACACCGAUAUUUGUGGGCCUUUUCCCGAUUCCAUAAGUGGUCAUAAGUCCUUUAUUACUUUCAUAGACGAUUAUUCACGCUAUAUGUACCUAUAUUUGAUUAAGGAAAAAUCCGAAUCACUAGAUAUGUUCAAGGCUUAUAAAGCUGAAGUUGAAAAUCAACUUGAUCGAAAAAUCAAAGUAGUGAGAUCGGAUAGGGGUGGAGAGUUCUAUGGUCGACACACUGAUAUUGGUCAAGCUCCUGGAUCUUUCCAUGAAUUUUGUAAAGAUCACGGGAUCAUCAACCAAUAUACCAUGCCCGGCACCCCUCAACAAAAUGGGGUUGCUGAAAGGCGGAACAGGACUCUUAUGGAUAUGGUCCGAAGUAUGUUGGCUAACUCUAAUCUUCCCCAAUUCUUAUGGACCGAGG